AUACACGCUCGCAGGCUCGUGCGAUUCUUCACUCAGCAUGGCGUUGCGCCAGCCGGCAAAACAACCGCGUGGGUCCCCGACGUCCGAAAAUCUCGCCGGACAUCCAAACCAGUUCUCUCGUACACAGGCUCUUUAAUUUCGUUCUUUUCUGCUUGUUUUGAUCUCCGGCGCCGCGCUGGGCAUCAGGGCUUGCUGGCGUUCGUGCGUUUACGCACUUAGUGCGUCCGUCGGGCCUACUCUAUACAAAGACUCGUUUCUCCUCGAGCUUCGGUUCCGAGCUGGAUGAACUCUUUCCUAAGCCGCAUCUCUCUUUCGUUUAAUCCCUCCGGGCAUCUUCAUGUUCUUCUUCGCCUCCUCUUCUUUUCUUUUUCACCUUUCCACCUUGCUUGCUCCUCGGGCGAGGCAACAGAGCAUUGACCCAGCAUACCGGAACAGCACCACUAGGGCCACCUAGGACACCACCAGAUAACAGGGGUGGUGACCAGGAGCAGGGCGACUCAGAACACAGGAAGAGCAUCGAGCGCACCGGACGUGUCUCCUGGCCGGUAAACCCGGUCCUACAGUGUCAAGGAAACAAGAUGAGAAUCUUCAAGACCCUCCUCACUCUGGCCAUGGUGGUGACGGUGCUAUCGCUUCCGACGCUGCCGGCGCCACUGAAGCCGGAAGGAUCACCAGACCAGCCAGUGCAGCCCGUUGUCCACACAAGUUCUGAUGUCGCUGUCGAACCAAAAUAUUCUGGCGAAUCAAAGCAAGGAGAACGUAUAGAGGGUGUCCGGUCAGUGAGCAACGACCCGUCGCUGACGACCAAAAAACAGAGUGCAAGUGACGGAUCUGCUGUUCAAGCUACGCACCACCUCGACACUCAUGACACAUCCGGUAAGGACGCCGUGGUUCAGCUAAAGAAGGCUGUAAAGCUUCAUAAUGACGAAAGGCCCUCGUUAGAGAAAGACGAGACUAAAAGUGACACGAAGGACACUGUUUCACAUGAAAAGCCUCACGGGGCUCCAGAUGUCAAACUCGGCAGUGAUUCCAGCACUGCCACUCUUUCAGAAGACAAACCACAAGAGCCUGCAAAGCCGUUGCAGGGAACAAUAGAGGAUGUUAGACAUUUCGGAGCUGUGAAUGACGCAGUUGAUUUGCCUAAGGACGUCACCACCCUGUCUGAAGAGAGAAAGACUCGUGUACCCUCUACGCAUAAUGAACACAAAGCUACCGACAAGGUUGAAUUGACGCCAGAUGUACCAAACACUGAGCACACACCAGGACACCCAGAAGUCACAAAUACAGAUGCCCAUGAUACUAGGAAAGAAGAAUACGCCGUUACCGACGAUGGAAAAAAAUCAAGCGAAGCUUCGGCUGCGACUCUACAUGACGUCACUACAGCAAAAGCGGAAACAGAUGGAGACCAUCACGAAGAAUACCACAAAAUUAGCAAACGCGAGGACACUAAGCACGAUUACGAAAAAGACAGUAUAGCUGUUAGUAACUCUGGCAGUCCUAAAACUAAGGCAUCCAAAUCAGAUGUAUCAAAGCCCGCACACAUCAAGAUGGAUGCGCACAAAGCUACGAAGCCACACAUCAAAACUAUACAGGAAACUACUGACGAAAUGAAGCCUGUCGGCUUUAAGAGCUCCAGGGAAAUAGCCAGCCCAGAUGCCCCUGAAAUAAAGGCCAAAGAAGUUGAAGCUGCCCAGCCCAAGCAGUCACCCGACACAGUCGAGACCGUCGUGAGUGAAGAGAACGAGGUUAGCCCAUCGACACAAACGUCACCGGAAACCCCACCGGGAACCCCACCAGCCUCCACAUCUGAGGCUGCCGUUCCAACAUCCGACGCAGAAACUCCUCAGGACAAACCGGCAACGUCGACCACUGACACCGCCAAAAAUGAAACAGCGGCUCCAACGGAAAGCGGUAGUGGCUUUAACCCUUUUGGACCGAUUAGAACUGUCUUUCAGCCCAUCAUUAGCGUUGCAACCGCCGUAAGAGAUCAGAUACGACCAGUAAUCGGAGCUGCUCUCUCACCUGUCUUAGGUCCCCUCAGUCCGGGAAAAGGUGGAGUGGCGCAAAACGAAUCCUCAACUACGAUCACGCAGCCAUCAGAAGGCAGUGCGACGCCUCCAGCUAGCCCCACUAAAUACGAAGAAGCGCAGAACGAAACACAAACUGUUGUUCCGGCUGAAACAGCGUCAGUGACUACUGUUCAAGACAGCGUAGUUCUCGAGGCCAGAACUCACGAGACUGGUGCUGCGACGGACGGCAAAACAGCGACUUUACCAACUCAGGAGGCCAGCCGUAAUGGAUCCCAGACCCCAUUGAGCCCGUUCCCGGUGCCUUUCGACCCGAUUGGCGCGAUCAACAGAUUCACUAAACCGGCAGUGGACGCUGCUACCAAUGUACGUGACCAAGUGCGGCCUAUCUUCGAAGCCGCCGUGGCGCCCAUCGUAGACGCGCUGAACCCGACCAAGGAAACGACAGACGCCAGCACAACGGCCGGUUCUGCUGAUCCGCAGCUCCGGGCAUCCGACGACAUGGCCGAGAGCAUGGCCGAAGAGCCAGCUGAGUUGAACAAGCGUCUCUACACCAAGUAAGGAAAAUAAAGCGGAAAAAAGGAAGAGCACUUCUUUCUUGUGUGUUGAUAAAACAUUUCCAGACGCUAACAGUGACAUUUCGUUUGGCAGUUACAAGCUGUUUUCCGUUUACAUCGGUAAUGACACUGCAACCUUGGAUGUCAUCAGCGCACUGAGAGAAAGUCUGGAGGUGAGUUGUAACUGCUUGUGUACGGGUGAACAAGAACAAACAAACAUAUAGUAUACAUACACCGAUGACGUCGAUGGCUACGCCAAACGUCUCAUCAAUAAAGUGGCCGUGCGUGCCAGUCAGGCCUGGUUAGAAUGCAUUCCACCUGACCUAUA